AUGUCGCUAACCGAUCGAAUUCACAAUGCGACUAGUUUAAUGAUGGAAAAUCAAGAAGAAAGUCUUGAAAUGUUCAAAAAUCUUUUGGUCGAGUUGCGCGAUUCGCGAAGGACAUUCAAUGAACUCGACGAUGUGAAAGCAGUCGCACGAUAUGUCGAGGCAAUCAUUCGAUCGAUUUCAAAUAAUAUUAGUGUGAAAAAUGAGAUUUGCGAUGUUAUGAAUCGGUCGAAUGGUAGUCCGGAGCCACCAGCGGAUCCCGACGUAUGGUCACCUCCGACACAGUUGCCACAACCAUCGAGAAAUACCAAGAAAGCUGCUGGAGCUCCUGGAAAAGCGGCACGCACAACAUCAGUGAGUAGCAAUGCUGGCAAUUCGAAUGCUUCAGCCGCAGCUGAAAAACCCGUCGUUUCGAUGCUUCCUUCGAAUAAAGCCGGAGAAGUUUUCGAUACCUCCAUGUAUGAUGUUGCCAUUAUUCAAGCAGUUCGUUCUACAAUGACAUUAUGUGAAGAAAGUAACGGAAUGACAUUGGAUGAAGUGAUUGGAAUGGAUGAUGUUAAGCAAGUGUUGCACGAGGCUAUCACCCUACCCUUAAUGAUUCCCGACUUCUUCAAAGGAUUACGUAGUCCGUGGAAGGCAUUGUGUCUUGCGGGACCACCAGGAACCGGAAAAACACUCAUCGCACGAGCCAUCGCUUCUGUGGCGAAAUCAACAUUCUUCAGUGUGUCGCCAACAGAUUUGACGAGUAAAUGGAGAGGAGACUCGGAAAAAGUUGUGAGGCUCUUGUUUGAUUUGGCUAGGUUUUAUGCGCCUUCAAUUAUCUUUAUUGAUGAGAUUGACACGAUUGGAGGACAAAGAGGGAUGUCAGGAGAACAUGAAGCAAGCAGAAGAGUGAAAUCUCAAUUUCUUGUUGAAAUGGAUGGCACGAAGAACAAAUUCGAUGAUCGUCGGGUGUUCGUCCUCGCUGCAACCAACAUUCCUUGGGAAAUCGACGAGGCGCUGCGUCGGAGAUUCGAAAAACGAAUUUUCGUGCCGUUGCCCAACUUUGAGAAUCGCUGCAAAAUUAUUCGGACUUCUUUAGCAGAGAUGUCCGUGGAUGAAGAGGUCGACAUUGAAGAGCUUUCUCGGCGUUCCGAGGGAUUUUCGGGUGCUGAUGUGGUGUUGCUCUGUCGAGCCGCGGCUUACAAUGUACUUAGGAGAUUCAAUAUCGGUUCAAUCGCGAAUGAAUCAAAAGUGGAAGCAUUGAAGACUGAGCCAAUUCGUAUGGUUGAUUUCGACAGCGCUCUCAAAUCAGUUCAGUCCAGCGUUGAUCCAGAAACCGUGACAAGAUGUAAAGAAUGGUGCGAAGCAUUCGGCUCGAAAUAA